AUGGAAUAUCCAGCCAGAUCAACCGAUACUGCCAAAGAGGAAGGACCUCCCCCUGCCAAGCAAUAUGUUACAGUGAUGCAGUAUAUGGUCAUCAACCUACAGGCCAAUGAACUGGCGACCCAGGCAAUGCAGAAAUGCAUAUAUUUUGUUGGUAUUGAAAGAAUUUCAUUCAGACACUAUCGGCACCUACUGGUUUUUAUUUAUACGAUUGAGGAGAUCAAUAAGGACCCGGAGCUUCUGCCUAAUGUGACUUUGGGCUAUCAGAUCUAUGACUCCUGUGCCUCGGGGAUGAAAUCUUUUGCAAAUGCUUUUGGAAUCCUGUCUGGAACAGAACCACCAAUCCCAAAUUACAGCUGCUGGAACAACAGGAAGGUUGUGGGAUUCAUAGGAGACAUGUCUUCUGUUUCAUCUCUCUCUAUUGCGUGGCUCUCAGGGAUCUACAGGUACCCUCAGAUCAGUUAUGGCUCCACUGAUCCCAUAUUUAAUAAUCAACUAGAGUUUCCAUCUUUCCACCGAAUGAUCCCCAAUGAGUUAUCUGAAGUUGAUGCUAUAUUGAGCCUGAUUAGGCAUUUUGGAUGGAAAUGGGUUGGACUUAUUGUAUCGAAUGAUGACACUGGGAACAGGGCAAGUGAAAGGCUGGAAAAGGAAAUGAACCAAGAUGGCGGCUGUUUGGCCUUCCUCUUUAGACUUAAAAAUUGGCUAACAAACAUAAAUCGAUAUAUAGCACAAAAAGACAUCAGGGAAAUAAUCUACAAGACCUCAGCUAAAGUGAUUAUUCUUUUUAUCAAUUCACAGUAUAUUGACAUUUUUAAUAAUGUGUUUGCUCGUAUUAAAGUGCCAGAGAAAAUAUGGAUUGCGUCCUCAUCUUUCUCCCGUGUAAUAGAGCUACGAUUAUCACAAAUCGAAGUAACUUUCAACGGCACAUUGGCGCUUUCCUUCCAGCAAGGAGAGAUUUCUGGUUUUAAGCAGUUUUUCUAUUCUUUAACUCCAUUCAAAUAUCGAGAUGAUACGUUGUUCCUACAAAUCUGGGAAAUUUUAUUUCAUUGCACCUUUUCAGACCUCGGCCCACAGAUGAUGACCAAGAUGCCUCUUCCAAAAUGUACAGGGAAUGAAUCAUUUGAUGAUACAGAUCUGGCAGCCUAUGAAACAUUUAAUUUCAAGAUAUCUUAUCAGGUUUACACUGCAGUUUACGCAAUGGCUCACGCUCUCCAUGAACUGUAUGGCACAAUGACAAAUCACCCUAAAUCAGCAGAGAACCUACAAAAUUAUUUUAAACCAUGGCAGUUAAAUGCAUUGAUACGAUAUGUGGCAUUCACAACUUCUUCUGGAGACAAGAUCUACUUUACAGACAACGGAGACCCACCAGCCCAUUAUGAUAUUGUGAAAUGGCACUUUUUAAGAGGAGGAAAUAUACAGAGCAUAAAGGCUGGAAGCUUUGACACAUCCAGAUCUGAUGGAGAACAAUUAUUUGUCAAUAAUAGUGCCAAUCUAUGGAGCCCUUAUUUUUCAGAGGCCGUGUCUGAGUAUUAUGAUAUCCAGCCUUUUGUGGUCCCAUCUUUAUGUGCUAAUUCAAAGAUCAUGGAAGCUAGGCUUCAUUUGUUGCAUGUGGACUAUGUGAAGUGGACUUUUAGACAUUUGCUUUUCAAAACUGCCUUUAAGCAGGAAGGAUAUAGAUUUGUCCAUUCUCAUUGUAGUGAACCCUGUAAGCCUGGAUUCAGGAAAGCUAAGAUAAAAGGGAAACCAAGUUGCUGUUAUACCUGUGUACAGUGUUCUGGAGGGGAAAUGUCUAACAUAACAGAUGCCCAGAUUUGUAUACAAUGUUCUAAAUAUGAAAAAUCAAACAGUAGAAGAAACAGCUGCAUCCCAAAGAAUAUAAAUUACCUCUCCUAUGAUGACUCUUUGGGUGCUGCUUUAUCCUCCAUCUCCGUAACAUUCUCCAUCACUUGUGCUGUAAUCCAGGGAAUCUUUAUAAAGUACCGUGAGACUCCUAUAGUGAAAGCCAACAACCGAAAUCUCAGCUGUCUCCUCCUCAUCUCUCUCAUGUUGUGUUUCCUCUGCACUUUAUUAUUCAUUGGGCGGCCAACCAAGAUAUGUUGUCUCCUCCAGCAAGCAACAUUUGGGAUUGUAUUUACCAUUUCUGUUUCUUCUGUGUUGGCUAAAACUCUCACAGUUAUUAUUGUCUUCAAUGCCACAAAGCCUGGGAGCAAGCUGAAGAAGUAUGUAGGAACCCAAUUGUCCAUCAUACUAGUCAUUAUAUGUUGUUUGGGUGAAAUUAUAAUCUCCAUUGUAUGGAUGGUCUACAAUCCCCCAUUUCCUGAGGCCGAUGCUCUUUCUGAUGCAGAUAUAAUUAUUCUCAUGUGUAAUGAGGGAUCUGGUUAUUUUUUCUUUUGUAUAAUUGGAUACAUGGGUGCCCUAGCAGUUCUAAGUUUCAUUGCUGCAUUUCUAGCCAAGGAUUUCCCUGACCGAUUUAAUGAGGCUAAAAACAUCACUUUCAGUAUGUUGGUGUUCUGUAGCGUGUGGGUGACAUUUGUCCCUGCAUACCUGAGCAGUAAGGGGAGUAGAAUGGUGGCAGUUGAGAUAUUUGCCAUUUUAUCUUCCAGUGCUGGAUUAUUGGGUUGUAUAUUCAUUCCCAAAUGUUGUAUUAUUUUCCUAUGGCCUGAACUGAACACAAGGGGUACAGUUAUUAGAACAUAUUAA